UAAAUUAAGAAUAAGAAUAUAUAUUUUUGUGUUGUUUUUAAAUUGGAAGCACGCACUCAACAUUCAGGACGUAAUGCAAUAGUGAUAAAAAAUUUAACACCGAAGAAAAUAUCUACAGGAAUUUUAUGCUUAAACAAAAAGAAAAGAACAAAUUUUAAUUUUAUGUGCUAUUAAAACUCUAGUUCUUAUCCCUAAUCCUCACACAAAUACUUGAAAAAUGCCAAGAAAUGGUUGCGAUUCCAGUACAAAUGAUAGCGGCGCUUGUGGAGGCGGUAAUGAUGGUUGCAUUUAUUCCGAUGAAGAAUUAAUGGAAACGGGAGUUGUAUUCAGAGUCAAAUAUACCGGUUGUAUUGAGGUGAAGACCUCAAUGUCGUCCCUUGAUUUCAGUACGAGAACACAAGUUGCAAGAGAAUGCAUAAAUCGUGUCUGUGAAACUGCAGGUCUGAAAGUAGCAAGCAAACGACGUGUUGACAAGAAAAUUCUGGAGUACAUAUCUGAUAAACCAUGCAUGGAAAAUGCUGGUAGAAAUGUUUUGAUGAGUGUGUCGAGUCGUUCAAUAGAAAUAAUUAACGUGGAAAAUGGGGAGAUAAUAGCUGGUCACAAUAUGCCACGCAUAUCCUUUGCGUCAGGUGGAGAUGCCAAUACUCUUGAUUUCCUUGCUUACAUCGCAAAGAAUGAAGAUGAAUGGCGUGCUUGCUAUGUGAUAGAAUGUUACCCUGGACAGAGUGAAGAUCUAAUAGUUACCAUUGGCAAAUCCUUUAUGCUCCGUUUCAAUGCACUAAGCCGGAAAACUCAUCAACCUCCAGAAAAUUACAACACCGGUAAAGAAAAUGAUAAAGAUUAUUAUAAUGAUUUGCCCAAUAAGCUACCACCUGACUUGUUAACUGAAGAUGAUUUAACGAAGCAGCAAAUGCAAGUACAACAACAACAACAGAAACAACAAUUUAAAGUUGGACAAUUAAAUUUGAAGAAGCCACGAGAUCGUCUUAGCAGUAAUUUAAUUGAUUUAAACAGUCCUCCACCUGAUCAAACAAGCAGUAAAGUUAAUUUGAAUAGUUUUGAUCCAAUGAAAAGCAACUCCAAUACACCAAAUGCAGUACAGGCACCAGUUCGUGAUGUUUUUGAUAUACAACCUUAUUCA